AUGCCUCUCUCCAAGUCACUGCCUGAUGGAACAUCGCCAAUUCACUUCAUGUCUAGUGACAUGAGAAAGUAUGUGAGAGGAACCCGGGGUGGGUUUAACUUGAAGCCCUGUUGGAUCGCUAUCCUGCUCAAAGUCGUGAUGGAUCCUGUUUCCGCCGCUGGCCUUGCCUCCAGCAUCAUUACUUCCAUCGACUUCUCCACGAAACUCGUCAAGGGCUCGUACGAUCUGUACAAGGCAGGAGGCAAUGAGCAGCAUGUAAUCUCGAGACGGCAAGCCUGGGUCAAGUUGCGAGAGCUCGCUGGCCAGUGUGAAGGUUUAGCCGCCGAGCUGAGCAUGCUGUUGGACGACUUCAAGCUCAAGUUCGGAGUCGAAAGCAAAAGCAUGUGCAAGGAGAAGAAAAUUGCAAAUAUGGAGCAAAAGCUCAACUCUCUCCGAGGCCAAGUUUUGCUUAUGGUACUCAGUGAGGGACAAGCUUCACUGAAAGCGCACGCAGCAGAAGUUCAAACCGAAGGCGUGCGUCUAUCCGUAGCCAAGAGAGAAGCCCCUGCCAAGGCCCAGGACGAGACGAAUCAAAUCUGCAAAAGGAAUCAGGACGAAGUCGCAGCUCAAGAGUAUGGCCAAAAUCAUAAAUUUAGAGAGCCGAUGGAAGAAAUACGCACCACCAUUGCAGGUUUCCAGCUGAGAGUUGAGGAAGCCCUCCGCGAGAGGACAUCAGCCCAGAAUUCGAUACUGAGGAGACUUUGCUUCAGUAACUGGAAGAGCUGCAAGGAUGCUAGUGAAACGAGCAGCAACAGUGAAGACCUCGGAGAGCUUGUACAAAAUUUAAAUCAUCCAGCAGUUUCUGAAUACGAAAGGAGCGCUCGUCAGGAGCGAGAUGAGCGCCGGCCCCAAACAAGCAAGGCAGUUGUCAGCUGGAUCAUAUCAGCUGAGAACCUACAAUGA